AUGCCAUCCCUGCCUUUUCCCGGCGUGACCAACGGCAGCAGAGCGGCGUUACUGAGGAUGCUCUCCCGCCCCUCCCCAAACCCUAACCCUAACCAUAGAUUCCUCUGCGCCAUGGCCACGGGCACCGAGAAAUCCCUAAUUCCUCACCUCCCCAACCUCUCAAACCCUAAAGCUUUCCCUCUCAAUCCCCAACACCUCGAGAUCUCCGCUCCCAAAUCUCUCCAUGUGCUGCCCGUGGUUCCCAGCCGGAGCGCCGCCGUUGCUAUCCAGAGCGCCGCCGAAGCGAGAUGCGUCGGAACGGAGGUGGAGAGCUCGAAUCCGUCUCUCGUGGUUGUGUCGUUCUAUAAAUUUGCGGAUUUCCCGGACCACGCAGCAAUGCGCCGGCCGUUGAAAGAUCUGUGCGAAGAAGUUCGUGUUUCAGGUGGUAUUAUUCUUGCACCAGAAGGGAUCAAUGGUAGCAUAUGUGGGACGAGGGAAUCAGUGGAGAAGGUUCUGAAAUUUAUUCAAGCUGAUGAGCGACUGAAAGGCCUUAGACAGAUAGAGUCACCUGUUACUCCAGAAGAUGAGGCUAUCCAUCAUGGGCAUACUAGCCAUUCACCCCUUGGAGCAGGAGAAGAUGCACCCUUCCAAUGGGACCAUGUGCGGGUCAAGUUGAAGAAAGAGAUUGUCUCUUUUGGGGAUCCAAGCGUGUUGCCGACCAAAAUGGUUGGGAAAUAUGUGAAGCCAAGAGAUUGGAAUGCAUUGAUAAGCGAUCCUCAUACUAUCUUGAUUGAUGUGCGUAACAUUUAUGAAAUUCGCAUCGGAAAGUUUAAAGGAGCAGUUGAUCCAUGUACCACAGCAUUCCGGGAAUUUCCAUCUUGGGUAGAUGAUACCUUUGAUAUGGUUAAAUCAGACAGCGAGCAGUCAGGCUUUAAAGAUGAUAGCACUAAAGAACAGACUCAGCUUGGAGAACCCAAAAGACUACCUCGUGUAGCAAUGUAUUGCACUGGUGGCAUCAGAUGCGAAAAGGCUUCAAGCUUUCUCCUUCGGAAAGGUUUUAAAGAGGUUUAUCAUUUGGAGGGUGGGAUUUUGAAAUACCUUGAGGAAGUCCCCAAGUCAGAGAGCCUCUGGGAGGGCGAGUGCUUUGUGUUUGAUAAACGGGUUUCUGUUGAGCAUGGCUUAGCUCAAGGAACUUACAAACUCUGCUAUGGAUGUAAGCAACCGGUAAGUGAUGCAGACAUGGAGGCCCCAGAAUGGGAAUAUGGUGUAUCGUGCCCGCAUUGCUUCUCAACAAAAUCUCAAGAGGAGAAAGAAAGAGCAAGGGCUCGGCAAAGGCAGUUUGAGACAUGGGGAGUGAUCGGUGGACCUGAUAAGGGUCGUCGGGAUCCUGCUAGAUUUGAGACUGACAAUGACAGAAAGGCUAACCAUCGUCCUAACUCAAUCUAGCUUCAAGAUCAUUAUCAACCAAAAGGAUCUGAACUUUUGUGGCUUUCGUGUAAUGAUGGCUGUCAAAUUAAGAAUUUUGUACUAUACUGGGAUGAGGAUAUUUAAUUAGAACAACCUUUAAAAUUUUGACUGUGAGACCAGCUCUGGGUGUUAUUUGAUUGCUUGAUUUAAUUUCAGAGCUUAAUGACAUGAGUUUUAAAGCAUUUCCUGAGGAAGG